AUGCCCGAGGACCAGGCUGGCACAGCCAUGGAGGAGGCAUCUCCCUAUUCCUUACUCGAUAUCUGCUUGAAUUUCCUGACUACACAUCUUGAGAAGUUCUGUUCAGCAAGACAAGAUGGAACAUUGUGUUUGCAAGAACCUGGAGUAUUCCCACAGGAAGUGGCUGAUCGACUGCUUCAGACCAUGGCCUUUCAUGGUCUCCUGAAUGACGGAACUGUAGGUAUUUUUAGGGGCAACCAGAUGCGCUUAAAGAGAGCUUGCAUUCGCAAAGCCAAGAUCUCUGCUGUUGCUUUUCGCAAAGCCUUCUGCCAUCACAAGUUAGUGGAACUUGACGCGACAGGUGUGAAUGCUGACAUCACGAUCACAGACAUCAUCAGCGGGCUUGGCAGCAAUAAAUGGAUCCAGCAAAAUCUCCAGUGCCUGGUGCUGAAUUCAUUAACUCUGUCCCUUGAAGAUCCUUAUGAGCGGUGCUUCAACCAGCUUUCUGGCCUUCGAGCAUUAAGCAUCACCAACGUUCAAUUUUACAAUGAAGACCUGGCUGAAGUUGCCUCAUUGCCAAGAUUAGAGAGCCUGGACAUUUCUAACACCUCCAUCACAGACAUCACGUUUCUGCUGGCCUGCAAGGACCGACUCAAGUCUCUAACCAUGCAUCACUUAAAAUGUUUAAAAAUGACAACUACUCAGAUACUAGAUGUUGUUCGAGAACUAAAAUACCUGAAUCAUCUUGAUAUAUCAGAUGAUAAACAAUUUACAUCAGACAUAGCUCUUCGAUUAUUAGAACAAAAAGAUAUCCUACCCAACCUGGUCUCCCUGGACGUUUCUGGGAGAAAGCACGUGACAGAUAAAGCCGUUGAAGCCUUUAUACAACAACGGCCCAGCAUGCAGUUCGUAGGUUUGCUGGCCACCGAUGCUGGUUACUCUGAAUUCCUCACAGGCGAAGGGCAUUUGAAGGUGUCUGGAGAAGCCAACGAAACUCAGAUUGCAGAAGCAUUGAAGCGGUAUAGCGAACGAGCAUUCUUUGUCCGGGAAGCUCUGUUUCAUCUUUUUAGUCUGACUCAUGUGAUGGAAAAAACAAAGCCAGAAAUUUUAAAGCUUGUGGUCACUGGGAUGAGAAACCACCCUAUGAAUUUACCAGUGCAACUUGCUGCAAGCGCCUGUGUAUUUAAUCUAACCAAGCAGGAUCUUGCUGUAGGAAUGCCUGUCCGACUCCUGGCUGAUGUGACCCACUUGCUGCUGAAAGCUAUGGAACAUUUUCCUAAUCACCAGCAGUUGCAGAAGAAUUGCCUCCUUUCACUUUGCAGUGACCGGAUCCUUCAAGAUGUUCCAUUUAACAGGUUUGAAGCAGCUAAGCUUGUCAUGCAGUGGCUCUGCAACCAUGAGGAUCAAAACAUGCAAAGGAUGGCAGUUGCUAUCAUUUCCAUUCUGGCUGCCAAGCUUUCCACAGAACAAACUGCACAGCUUGGUGCUGAGCUCUUCAUUGUGAGGCAACUUCUUCAAAUAGUGAAGCAGAAAACCAAUCAAAAUUCGGUGGAUACCACUUUGAAAUUUACUUUGAGUGCACUUUGGAACCUCACAGAUGAAUCUCCAACCACUUGCAGACACUUUAUUGAAAACCAAGGGUUAGAACUCUUCAUGAGGGUUCUAGAGUCUUUUCCAACUGAGUCAUCCAUUCAACAGAAAGUUCUAGGACUUUUGAACAAUAUAGCUGAAGUACAAGAAUUGCAUUCUGAAUUAAUGUGGAAGGAUUUUAUAGACCACAUCAGUAGUCUCCUACAUAGUGUGGAAGUGGAAGUCAGUUACUUUGCAGCAGGAAUUAUUGCCCAUUUAAUAUCUAGAGGUGAACAAGCUUGGACACUGAGCCGUAGCCAGAGGAAUUCUCUUCUGGAUGAUCUGCAUUCAGCUAUUUUGAAAUGGCCAACUCCAGAGUGUGAGAUGGUAGCAUACAGGUCUUUUAAUCCAUUUUUCCCAUUACUUGGCUGUUUCACAACACCAGGAGUCCAGCUAUGGGCAGUUUGGGCCAUGCAACAUGUCUGCAGCAAGAAUCCCUCAAGGUAUUGCAGCAUGUUGAUUGAAGAAGGAGGAUUGCAGCAUUUAUACAACAUCAAAGAACAUGAACAGACUGACCCCCACGUCCAGCAGAUUGCUGUGGCCAUCCUGGACACUUUAGAAAAACACAUUGUACGCCAUGGGAGACCGCCUCCCUGUAAAAAACAAGCCCAGGCCAGACUGAAUUGA